CUGGUGUGAUCGAGCUCACGUAGCGAGGUCUGCAGUCGCCUCCUACCCGGCGUUGCCGUCGCGGCCUAGAGGUUAUAAAAGGGCUGACUGGCUCCCUCUGCUGCCCAGUUGCGCCGCCAGCGGGCUGAGGGAAGGGAGUAGGUAACCUGCCCGUGUGCAGGCAACGGAGGACCGAAGCGCGCGCUCCCGUCCCGGUUCCCAGGUGUGUGAACCUGUAAAAUUAAGUCUUCCAAGAUGAUGCGGUGUAUUUUAAUUGUAGGGAUUCUACUUCCCCAUUCUUUGGCCCAUCCAGGCUUUUUUACUUCAAUUGGUCAGAUGACUGAUUUGAUCCAUACAGAAAAAGAUCUGGUGACUUCCCUGAAAGAUUAUAUUAAGGCAGAAGAAGACAAAUUAGAACAAAUAAAAAAAUGGGCAGAGAAGUUAGAUCGGCUAACCAGCACAGCAACAAAAGAUCCAGAAGGAUUUGUUGGGCACCCUGUAAAUGCAUUCAAAUUAAUGAAACGUCUGAACACUGAGUGGAGUGAGUUGGAAAAUCUGGUCCUUAAGGAUAUGUCAGAUGGCUUUAUCUCUAACCUAACCAUUCAGAGACAGUACUUCCCUAAUGAUGAAGAUCAGGUUGGGGCAGCGAAAGCUCUGUUGCGUCUCCAGGACACCUAUAAUCUGGAUACAGAUACCAUCUCAAAGGGUAAUCUUCCAGGAGUAAAACACAAAUCUUUUCUAACAGUUGAGGACUGUUUUGAGUUGGGCAAAGUGGCCUAUACAGAAGCAGAUUAUUACCACACAGAACUGUGGAUGGAACAGGCACUAAGGCAGCUGGAUGAAGGCGAAGUUUCUACCACUGAUAAAGUCUCUGUUCUAGAUUAUUUGAGCUAUGCAGUGUACCAGCAGGGAGACCUCGAUAAGGCACUUUUGCUAACAAAGAAGCUUCUUGAACUAGACCCCGAACAUCAGAGAGCUAAUGGUAACUUAAAGUAUUUUGAGUAUAUAAUGGCUAAAGAAAAAGAUGCCAAUAAGUCUACUUCAGAUGACCAAUCUGAUCAGAAAACUACACCGAAGAAAAAAGGGGUUGCUGUGGAUUACCUGCCAGAGAGACAGAAGUACGAAAUGCUGUGCCGUGGGGAGGGUAUCAAAAUGACUCCUCGGAGACAGAAAAAACUCUUUUGCCGCUACCAUGAUGGAAACAGGAAUCCUAAAUUUAUUCUGGCUCCAGCCAAACAGGAGGAUGAGUGGGACAAGCCUCGUAUUAUUCGCUUCCAUGAUAUUAUUUCCGAUGCAGAAAUCGAAAUUGUCAAAGAUCUAGCAAAACCAAGGCUGAGGCGAGCCACCAUUUCAAACCCAAUAACAGGAGACUUGGAGACGGUACAUUACAGAAUUAGCAAAAGUGCCUGGCUCUCUGGCUAUGAAAACCCCGUGGUGUCUCGAAUUAACAUGAGAAUACAAGAUCUGACAGGAUUAGAUGUUUCCACAGCAGAGGAGUUACAGGUAGCAAAUUAUGGAGUUGGAGGACAGUAUGAACCCCAUUUUGAUUUUGCACGGAAAGACGAGCCAGAUGCUUUCAAAGAGCUGGGGACAGGAAAUAGAAUUGCUACAUGGCUAUUUUAUAUGAGUGAUGUGUCUGCAGGAGGAGCCACUGUUUUUCCUGAAGUAGGAGCUAGUGUUUGGCCCAAAAAGGGAACUGCUGUUUUCUGGUAUAAUCUGUUUGCUAGUGGGGAAGGAGAUUAUAGUACACGGCAUGCAGCUUGUCCAGUACUAGUUGGAAACAAAUGGGUAUCCAAUAAAUGGCUCCAUGAACGUGGACAAGAAUUUCGAAGACCAUGCACCUUGUCAGAAUUGGAAUGACAAAUAGGCUUCUUUUCCUCUUCUGUUAUAUUCUAAUGUGUUUGAUACACACAUUUCCCAAUCUUAACUUUCAAGAGUUUACAAUUGACUAACACUCCAGGAUUGAUUGAGUUAUGCACCUCAUCCCAUGUUUCAUCUGUGGACAAUCACUAACUUUGUGGGGGGUUUUUUUCUUUUAAAAGUAACACUAAAUCACCACAUUGUACAUAUAAAACCUUAAUUUCAUUUGGAAACAGAGGACAAAAUGAGGCAGAGUUAAAAAUGAGGAAUUUUUACAUUUGUUAUAUUUUAAAAAACUUUUUUUGGUUAGAUAAAGAUUACUCUGUAAGUAUCUGAUUAUAGUACUUCACUACAUCUCACUUGGUGGUCAGUAGGCGGGAAUGGGCCAUGUGAUUAAGGAAGAGAUGUAUGUACCUAGGUAGUCUCUUUUUCUGGAUCUGCCUGAAGACUAAGAAUAAAAUAGGCAUUUAAUCUGAGUUCCAUACAAUGUUUGCCCCUCCAUAUGCUUUCUACAUUGAUUUUUUUUCUCCCAAGUCCUUUUUAAAGAAAGUAUCCUAUAUUUUACCAAUCCCCUUUUUCUCUGAGCUUCUUUGUGGUGAAGUAAAUCUGUUUGAGGCAAAAAAUACUUUGAUUUAAAAAAAAAAUGUUAACAGAAAGUCCUACAUAACAACACUUGGCCUUCUUAACUAAAAUGAUCAUUGCUUAGUCCGUUUGUUCAUCCUUUUUCUUAAAUGACUAAUGAUUUUGUCCAUAAAAUUUGCUGUUUUUCUUAGUGCUAAUACCUUGCCUCUUAUUUCUGCCACACUGGGGUGGUGAUACUGGCAUUCUGAUUAAAUAAAUAUCGUGCCUUAGGUGACUGGAAAUUUAAAAAAUACAAGUCCUUUCAAUGAUGAGGGAAUUUUUUUAAAGGAAUUUUUUUCCUAAAAAGCCAAAAUGUUUGUUUUUUUCAAUUCUGAAAUGUAUUGUGACAACAAUGACCUAUUUAUGAUCUUAAAUCUUUUUUUAAAAAUGUUUCUGUUUUCUGUGUGGUAUUUUUCAUAUUUGAAUGUGAAUGCAUGCUAUCGCAAGAACAGGUUAUUUCUAUUCUUUAGUAUACAGGAGUUAGGUUUAUCCUCUUGAUUUUUGUUCACUUGAGGUCUCAUUGUUAUGGAAGAAAAAUUCAAGUUCUCUGAACUUUCAACUGUGUAAUCAAAAUGUUUCCUUCAAAGGGAACUCUACAACUUUACUAUUACAAUAAUGUACUUAAGACUUUCUCUUAUUCAAAAAUAUGGUGUGGUAGUAUAAAGCUGUGAGCCUAAUGAAGUAAGUUAAGGACCCAUUAGACCAACAUUUUACAUUUCUCAAAGGUGAGUCCUACUUCAUACAAGGGCUCUUUAUCCUUCGUGCAGUAUUUAAGGAAGAAUUUGAUUAGUUCUCUGGGAGAGAAGGUAUUACUUUUACCAAUCAAAAAAAAAAAAAAUCAACUGUUAAGUUCCUUUUCCCAACUACCUUAUGUUCCACAACUAUUUUAGUACAUGUUGAAAAUUAAGUUGAGUAGUUUACUCAAAUUUUUGUGACCAUAGAUGAUCAAAAAAAUUUUGGGGCGGAAGAAGCAACAUAAAUUCAAAAUAUAGAAAUAAAAUGGGGGUUCAAAGGAUGGAAACUAACCAUUAUUGCCAUAUGUGUUUUAGCAAGUAGAAUAAAAAUACCUAUUUCAGAAGGAAA